UCUCCCUUCGUCCCUUUCUGGACACAAAAAUCACUAAUGUCUUUACCAAAUGAUUAUGUCUCCUGUUAUUCAUUACGGAACCAGUGGCCAAUUGGCGAAUUCAGAAUUGUAAUUCUGAGCUGGCGAGCAUACUUCCUGCAAAAGAGCAUGCAGAUGCGACAAAAUCUUCUUUUUAGAUCCAGUCCAGCUAUAUGCCGUCAUGGUGUGUGGGAUCUUGUCCCUGUUUAUCUGAAGCAUCACGUUGAUCCAAUCAAACGCAAGAUGCUACAUACGUCUAUUCAGCUUAUAUUGCAAAGUAGAGCUAAAAGAUGUGGCUUUUUAGUUAAUUGUCGUUUUGGAACCAUUGACUACUCGAGUAAUGAGCAGCAGAGUUUUCAUAUAAAUGGUGAGGAGAUUUCUUAUGAUUUAUACAAUGCAUCCAUUUGUGAGUUGUGUAGUGAAGGUGAUGUUGAUAAGGCAAUGGGGUUGCUUUCCCAGAUGGAGGCUUUGGGUUUUCAUGCAAAUUAUUUGUCUUAUUCCAGUUUGAUCGCUGCUCUUGGAAGUGUUGGCAGGACCUUGGAAGCUGAUGCAAUCUUUCAUGAAAUGUUAUCUUCUGGUCGCAGGCCAGGGGUAAAGGUGGUCAAUGCGUUACUUAGGAGCUUCUUGCGAAAAGGCUUCUUAAGGCUAGCAGAUAAGGUCUUGAUGUUUCUUGAAGAUUUGGAUGUUGAGAGAAACCAAGAAACUUAUGAGAUCUUGCUUGAGUAUUAUGUCAAUGCUGGGCGGUUGGAGGAUACUUGGUCGAUUGUCUCCAAAAUGAGGAGAGAAAGUUAUGGUUUAAAUUCUUUUGUGUAUAGUAAAAUAAUUGAACUGUAUAGGGACAAUGGGAUGUGGAAAAAAGCACUAGGCAUUGUGGAAGAGAUCCGUGAGAUGGGGUUACGAUUGGAUAAGCGUCUCUUUAAUAGCAUCAUUGAUACUUUUGGCAAGUAUGGUGAGUUGGGAGAGGCCUUAGAAGUGUUUGAAAAAAUGCGCCGAGAUGGCAUAAAGCCUGAUUUUCGAACAUGGAAUUCUUUGAUCCGGUGGCAUUGCAAGUUUGGGCAUCUUGAUACUGCUAUAGAUUUGUUCGAUGAGAUGCAAGAACAAGGACUAUACCCUGAUCCAAAGAUCUUCAUUAUCAUUAUUACCCAUUUAGUGGAGCAGGGUAGGUGGGAUGUUAUCAAUAAAAUUCUCAAGAAUAUGCAAGGGAGAGGACAUCACAAGAGUGGGGCUAUUUACGCUGUCUUGGUUGAUAUUUAUGGCCAGCAGGGUAGAUUUCAGGAUGCAGAGUAUUGUUUAAAUGCUCUGAAAUUGGAAGGUCUUCAGCUUUCACCUAGCAUCUUUUGUGUCCUGGCCCAUGCCUAUGCUCAGCAGGGAUUAUGUGAGCAGACUGUAAAGGUUCUGCAGAUAAUGGAAGCCGAAGGAAUGGAACCAAACCUUAUAAUGCUAAAUGUGCUUAUCAAUGCUUUCGGGACUGCUGGUAGGCAUAUGGAGGCACUAUCAAUUUACCAGCACAUAAGGGAGAUGGGUAUUACUCCUGAUGUGGUUACUUAUAGUACUUUAAUGAAGGCUUUUAUGAGGGCUAAGAAGUUUGAUCAGGUCCCCAAGAUAUAUAGUGAAAUGGAAUCCGCUGGAUGUACGCCAGAUAGAAAGGCUAGAGAAGUGUUGCAAUCAGCAUUGAUGAUCCUUGAACAAAGACAUUGUUAGUUUACAUACAACUUGUUAGCCUAUUCGGCUCUAACAAUGCUGUUGUUAGCUUCUUCAUUCAGAAGAUGACGUACAGCACCAAAAACUAAAAAGCACUUUUGAUGCUACUCACUGUUAUCCACAAUCUUUGAGGACUUUGAUACUCAACUUAUUGCUGUACCACUUCUUGGUGCCUUAUUUAGGUUACGUAUCUUCCUGAAAUGAAGUUACGGCAGAGCAGCUUGUCAUUUCUGAGGUUUCAGUAAAUGACACCCAGCCUGUGCCUUUUAAAGGAACUAACUUGUACUAGCAAGGAUACUCAGUAACAGCAAGGUGUCCUGGGCACCUUCAGGCUUCACUUAUCUUCUUCUGCCGUUCAAGUGCCAUUUUUUUCUCCAAUUGUACUUCUGUUUUCUGCAUUAUUGCUAUCUCAACAGGGUGAGAAAUGGUUCACCUUGGUUUUCCUAGUCACAAGCUCAAUUAGAUGCGAUGAAAGAUCAGAAUCUGCAUGUUUCUUGAAUAACUUGAUGCUGCGGAGAUUGUAUUUGCUUGCUGAUAAUGUAAUAAAUUUAACUUAUAUAUGCUGAUAGUGUUGUUGAUAUUUUACACUAUUAGUGUGUUCUAACUUGUUAUAGCAGAUUGUUUACUUUAUUUAUAUAUUACCAAAUUAGGCUUAAUAUGGA